AGAAAAUAACUUACAAAUCAUUUUCGAAGUUUAAACCACUCACUGACUUUUCUCUCUCCUACUUCAGUUACUACUCCCUCCUCUCUCUCCCUCUCUCUCCCUCUCUCUCUCUCUCUCUCUCUCUCUCUCUCUCUCUAAAAUGGAACAACAUGUAAACCCCAUGACUUUGCCGCCGCCCCCAUCGCCGCCGCCGUGGCUAACUUCUCCGACCACCUUCGUCCAAGCAGACACAAACUCCUUCCGGGACCUUGUCCAAAAGCUCACCGGCUUUUCCGGUGACUCCGAGAAACUGCCGGUCACUCACCUCUCAAAGCUUUCCUGCUCGAAGCCCUCUCCUCCGGCCGCCGACCACCUCACCGGCCCUCGCCGGUCUCCGUUCAAGCUCCAAGAGCGCCGUCACACCAUGCGAAAGCUAGAGAUCAAACUCGGCCUCACCACUAAUUUCCGAAACUCGCCGCCGAGUCACUACUCGCCGAGUCAGAUUCGCCGGUUCGACUCGCCCGUUCCGAGUCCUGUUACGCCUCUAGCUACCGAGUCGCUGUUAUUUCUGAGGCCCGGCGUGGCCUCGCCGCUGUCGCCGCCGGUUACGGCGGAGGAUAAAGCCAUAGCUGACGGAGGGUUUUACCUUCACCCGUCGCCGGUUAGUACUCCGAGGAAUUUCCAGCCGCCGGAGCUCUUGAAUUUGUUCCCCUCCAAUUCGCCAAGUGAGCAAUCUCAAAAUGCAUAAAAAGAAAAAAGGGAUUUUUUUUUGUUGGCAAUGUCUCUGUAUAUUUUUAAAUUCUUGUGCUUUUUUUAUAUUUUUAUUUUCAAUCAUGCUGGAGCUGAUCCAUUGGAGUUAUUAAAUUUUAUUUAUUUCCAAUAUAAUCGUCAAAUUUCGCAUUUUCUCAAACUUUUUUUUUUAUUUUCAUU